CUUAGAUUGUUUGGUUGACUUUUCUUUAUCACUCUCAAACUUUGUAUUCUCUCUAGUCUCUAACUAGCAAAACAAAGAUCAAACUCUGUGUUUGAGAUAUGGGGAUUACGCAUUACAAUAAGGAUCAAGUAUUCAUCAGUUUCCGGGGAAAAGACGAGCGGAACGGAUUAUUAACUCUUCUUAAGCAGAAAUUGAUUGAUGGCAAUGUGAAUGUGUUCACUGACGAUAAGUUGACUGGACAACCGCUCCAGAAUCUUUUCGGACACAUCCGAAAGUCAAGGAUCGCUAUUGUGAUCUUUUCCAAGAACUACGCCGAGUCAGGUUGGUGUUUGGACGAACUUGUGGAGAUCAAGAAAUGCUUUGAGACGGAGGCACUUAAAGCAGUCAUACCCAUCUUUCAUAGGGUGAAGGUUUCAAGCGUUAAGAAACAGAGCGGAAAGUUUGGGGAAAAGUUUCUGGCUUUGCAAAACUAUUUGCUUGCUGAAGAAGUCGAUAAGAAGAAGAUUAAGCGUAUUAAUUCCAGGAUCAAGAGAUGGAAGAAAGCUCUGAAGAUCGUCACUGAAAUAGCUGGAUUGACUCAUGACAAGAAUAGUCCUGAGUUGGCUUUCGUGGAGAAAGUCGUUGAAAAGAUUAUUAGACAUUUAGCCAGUAUUGCAGCAGAGGAAGGACGCAAUAGUACGCUAGAAACUAGUGAGACACCACCAGUAAUACAACCAAACCAGAUAAUUUAUAAUGUCAUAAACAUCCGGCUCCAUCGUUCAAAGAGCUUGGAAAAUUUUAAACUGAGCUAUAAUCCUGAAGAAGACAACAAGAGUUAUGAUUUAAAGCCUUCGUCUCCUACUCUUACACGCAGUGCCUCAAAUCUUGACCAUAGAGAUCAAUAUGGCCCAUUUCCAUGUAAGUACAUAGACCUCUGCAUACGUCGUCUGAAUAUUGACUGACAACAACUUGAUUUUAAAUCCACAGUUGAAGCGCUCAUGGUUAAAAAGCAGAAUGAGAAUCAACGGAGCAUUGCCAAUAUUGUCUUGAAAAAAACAAAGACGUGGCACAACUUGCAUUUCGUCUCUGCGUUACUGUUUGGAGCUUUGUUUGUGUCUUACAUGGUUAGGAGCAAAAAAUGAUCCAAAGGAAGGAAUCGCCGAAAAGAAACUUCCGCUGCAAGCAACUGAGAGUCUGUUCUAUUUUUCCUUGUUUCUUAAGCAAAAGCCUUUGUUUCAAGAUUGUACUCGUACUGGAUUUACGUUUAAGAAAGAUCACUAAAAGAUAGUUC